AACACUUCUUGGCUUAACCUAACCUGCUGCAAAAAGAUCACAAGAAGUAGACAGUGGACUGUAGUGAAUUCUCGUGGAGUCUGUGGCCAGUAAUGUUACCUGGUUGUAAACAAAGUGUGAACCCAGUUUGAACAGUCUUGUACUUGUCGUUUCACUGCACAGGAGGUAGACGGGUGGCGAACGGCUCUUGGCAAGAUGGUGCAGCUGCAUGUGAAGCGUGGAGAUGAGAGCCAGUUUCUUUUUAACACCACUGUGGACGCGCCUCUGGAGACAGUGAUCCAGCAAGUUACAGCCAUUUACAAUGGGAGACUAAAAGUGGACAGAAUAUGUUCAGAGAUCCCAGAGCUUGCAGACCAUGGCAUCACACUGCCGCCCAACAUGCAGGGGCUGACAGAGGAGCAGAUUGUGGAGCUGAAGCUGAGAGAUGAAUGGGAAGACAAAUGUGUGCCCAGUGGAGGGCCAGUAUUAAGGAAGGAUGAGAUUGGGAGGAGGAAUGGACAUGCCCCCACUGAUAAAAUGAAAGAGGUGUUGAUGAGAACAAUGGAGGAGGCAAAGGCACUGAUCUCCAACAAACAAGUCCAAGCUAAUGUUUGUGUCACCAUGGAGAUGGUAAAAGAAGCCCUGGAUCAGCUAAAGGGUGCCGUCAUGAUUGUGUACCCCAUGGGGCUGCCUCCUCAUGACCCUGUCAGGAUGGAGUUUGAAGACCGGGAAGACCUCUCAGGAACACAGGCCUCUCUGCAGGUGAUCACAGAGGACGAGUGCCAGCUCUGGUGGGCUGCCAAAGAGAUGCAGAGGGGGAAAAAACUGCAGGACUACAUCGGCAAAAAUGAAAAGACAAAGCUUGUGGUCAAAAUCCAAAAGAGGGGGCAGGGGGCACCAGCGAGAGAGCCUCUGAUCACAGACGAGCAGCAGAAACAGAUGAUGAUGCAUUACUACAGAAGGCAGGAGGAGCUCAAGAAACUGGACGAAGCAGAUGAUGAUAGCUACCUGGACUCAGAGUGGUCAGACAGACAGGCCCUCAAGAAACAGUUUCAAGGCCUCACCAACAUCAAAUGGGGGCCAAGAUAAAGACCACUACCACUCUGAUACCCGCCUCAAAACUGCUGCCCCGUCCUUAACAGCUCCAUAUGCAACUCGCUAUGCCUUAUCACAAUCCUGGAAUAUGCUCACUGUUACUUGAGGUCUUCCAGAGGAUACAUACACAGCACUCUUAUAGGCAGGUGCAGAUGUAUGCUGGCCUUGUAUUCCUGAGUUUCUGGAUGAAUACCUAAGGUUGAUUUUUUAACCAACUGAAAUGUGAAGAAGAGCUUUGGACACAAAGGAUGACAGAACAAGUAAUGAUGUCACAUGGAGGCUGAUAUCAUUAUAAACCUGAUUUAUUUUAACCUCAGUCUUCUCCCUGUUUUCUCUGUGGUUGUUAUCAUCCUGUUGUAAAGUUCCAUUUUUAGUGAAGCUGUGCAAACAAAAUUAAAGUUUAAUGUAUA